CGCGCUCCCCUCCGGACCGCGCCAUCGCCGCCUGUUCCUCUCCCCGCUCCGCCGCGACCAUGGCCCCGCACUCGGCGUCCGCGGGCCCCGCGGGGGCCUCGCCGCGAUUCUUCACCUGGGACGAGGUGGCGCAGCACACCGGGCGCGAGGAGCGCUGGCUCGUGAUAGACCGCAAGGUCUACGACAUCAGCGAGUUUAGCCGGAGGCACCCGGGGGGCUCGAGGGUCAUCGGCCACUAUGCGGGCCAGGAUGCCACGGAUCCCUUCACAGCCUUCCACAUUGACAAAGCCUUGGUUCGGAAGUACAUGAAUUCCCUGCUGAUUGGGGAGCUGGCUCCAGACCAACCCAGUUUUGAGCCCAACAAGAAUAAACAGCUGACAGAGGAAUUCCGAGAGCUGAGGGCCACCGUGGAGAGGAUGGGACUCAUGAAGGCCAACCCCGUCUUCUUCAUGCUCUACCUGCUGCACAUCCUGCUCUUAGAUGUGGCCGCAUGGCUCACACUCUGGGUCUUUGGGACAUCGCUGGUCCCCUUUCUUAUCAGCGCAGUGCUGCUCAGCACCGUCCAGGCCCAGGCCGGGUGGCUCCAGCACGACUUUGGCCAUCUCUCGGUCUGCCGCACAUCCGCAUGGAACCACUUGCUCCACCACUUCGUGAUCGGCCAUUUGAAGGGGGCCCCUGCCAGCUGGUGGAACCACCUGCACUUCCAGCAUCACGCCAAGCCCAACUGUUUCCAGAAGGACCCCGACAUCAACAUGCACCCCCUUUUCUUUGCCCUGGGGAAGGUCCUGUCUGUGGAGCUAGGGAAGCAAAAGAAGAAGUAUAUGCCUUACAACCACCAGCACAAGUACUUCUUCCUGAUCGGGCCCCCAGCCUUGCUCCCCGUCUACUUCCAGUGGUACAUCUUCUACUUCGUGGUCCAGCGCAAGAAGUGGGUGGACUUAGCCUGGAUGCUCACCUUCUACCUGAGAAUUUCCUUGACUUACAUACCCCUGCUGGGCCUUAAAGGCUUACUAGGCCUCUUCUUCCUUGUCAGGUUCCUGGAGAGUAACUGGUUCGUGUGGGUGACGCAGAUGAACCACAUCCCCAUGCACAUUGACCACGACCAGAACGUGGACUGGGUGUCCACUCAGCUGCAGGCAACAUGUAACGUGCACGAGUCUUUCUUCAAUGACUGGUUCAGUGGCCACCUCAACUUCCAGAUUGAGCACCAUCUUUUCCCCACUAUGCCGAGACACAAUUACCGCAAAGUGGCCCCACUGGUGAGAUCCUUGUGCGCUAAACACGGCAUUGAAUACCAGUCCAAGCCUCUGCUCUCUGCCUUUGCCGACAUAGUCCGCUCACUGAAGGAAUCUGGGCAGCUCUGGCUGGACGCCUAUCUUCAAAAGUAAAGCACUGAUCUCUGGAGCAGGAGAAGGAAGAGGAGAUCUUGGUGCCACCAACAGGGGGAAGGAUAAGGGACUAUGCCACUUCAACUUUCAUUUCCAGUGGGGGCUGGGAAGAUGGGGAAGGGAAUGGGGAAGGGCCCUGUCCCUGCCAGCUGCUCCCUGAAGGGGAGAUCAUGGUAUGGCAAUGCCGGGAAGCCGGUAGGUGGGCAGUGACAUGCCGGCUCCUUUCUUUCCAGGACGGCAGGCAAUAAGCCAAGUGCCAAGACAAAUGAACUUUUGGAACCGAGACAGCCGAGGAUUUAGCCAAAAUACUUAAGGACUUGAGGUCCCACACCUAAAGCACAUCCCAGUCACAGGAGGGAGAGGCCCCACCCGGUGCUUCUCCCAGGAAUGGGGGCUGCCCAUUGCUUUCCUGGGGCCUCAGUGCAGCUGAGCUCCUGGCCCGUGCCCCCUCCCAUCCCUUAUCUCAUCCCAGUGAUUGGCACACUACCAAGAGAAGAGUGGCAGAGGAAGAUUUAAGUGAAAACUCAGGAUUGCUGCCUUCUUUUCUUUAGCUUGGCCUAACCCGCUUGGGGGCCCAGGACAGACAGCUCCAACCCCAGCUUCUAGGAGGUCCUGUUGCUUUAGGGGCCCAAGGGCCCAUGCCUCCAGGGAGGGUUUGGGGAAUAGGAGAGCCACCUGCCUCCUACACCAUCGAGGACACACAAAAGGGAUUAGGGUCCACUUCACAUCUGGUAUAGGAGGUUGGGGUUCAUUAGAAAUCCAUUCUAUGUGCUGGAACCCCCUCAGUUUUCCUCCAUACCCUUUCCUAUUCCCACCUACGGAAAAGAACAGCCAGGAGUUGUUCGAGGCCUCCAUAGCAGUCCAGAGGAAACUGGAGUCGCAGGGGAGGCCAGGCCUUUCCUUCCCCUUUCUGCCAACAAACGGGGCUCCCAAAGGUCUCUCCCUGUUUCCCCAGCUCCCCGUCCUAAGCAACAGAACUGCAGCCAGUUGGGAAGAGCAGGAAGGCACCCGGCCGCCGCCCCUCACAAGGAAAACAAAAUGGCUGCGAACCUAAAUGACCCCAGGCUUUGUCAGGCAUGUGAUCAAUGCACUGCCCUCAGCUAGAGGGAGGGUGAGGAAAGCCAGGGGUGCUCACCCCAUGUGUGUGGGCAAGAGGCAGAUCCUGCCUCCAGGACACAGAAAUAACCUCGGGACGAUGUUUGAUGGUGGGUCAGGGGAGUUGAGCCGGCCGUCUCAUCUCUCGGCUGCCUUCCCAGCUUCCUCUGGUCCAGAGCAACCUGAGGGCCUCGAUCGACCCCCCCCCCCACCACCACCAUUGGUCAUCUGCUAGAUUAUACUGGGCGGUGCUCACAGGACUGGCUCCCUGCAGAGGGAGAACAGUAAGUGGCAUGAAGAGACCCCAACAUCAUCUUGGGUGAGGGAGAGGAGCCAGGGCAUAGCUUUAAUGAUUAGGGAGAUGUGAAGUAGCCCAUCCGGCUUAUGUUAUUGCAAUAGGUAUGCAGUAGGUGCCCAAGAAGUGCUUAGUUGGUCUGUGGAAGAGUAGAUUUAUGAGGUCAGGUAUCAAAUAGAACGUGAGCUGUAGGGUCAGAGGGGAAUGUGGAUCUUUCAAAUUGGCUGUCCUUGGAUUGGCCCUGCCAGAGAAGUCCACCUUCCAGUCCUAUUCCAGUCCACAGCACCGCCCCCCCCCCCAAUUCCCCAGCUGUCUCACUCCAGGACCCCCAGUGCUAGUCAGUCCUUUUUCCCUAUCUGCCUCUUCAGUUUGGGUGCUACCAUUCUACCUGAAGAAUGCAGGGCACGUGACUCUUGUGGAGUUUCAGCCAACCUAGGGACCCCUAAAUCUGUAGGGCAUCUAGUGUGGUCCUGCUGUACCAAGAUCUGCCUAUAAUACUUUAAAACAGUGUGGCCUUCCCUUUUCUCAGCCUGGCCCUGUGGUCACUAAAUAGCGGCCAGGAGGAAUGGCCUAUAACAGGCUUCAGAAAAGGACAUGGAACAAAAAUCUCCACCACUUUGCUGUUGAGUCUCUCCAUUUUCUCAUCUUCCCAGAUCCCAUCAGGUGUCAGGGUCUUCUGCUAGGCCUGGAUCAGUGCCUGUGCCAAUUAUGUCACUAAAAAAAAUCAAGGAUGUAACUUGAUGCUGAUGAAUAAAACUAAUGUCUUUUUGGUCCAA